UCUUGAAUAUUAAUUAGAUAAUAGGGACGCUUCUUUAAUGCAGUCCGAUAGCAAAAGCGUGUCUCAUUCAUAUUAAUAACGAAGCUUCGCCAUAGUACUAGUCGCAGAAUCGCGGUCGGGAAGUAGGAGAGCUCUCGCUGGAGACGGCAAGCACUUGGUAUCUGUUGUUAAAACGGACCGCGUAUACAUCCUGAGUUACUGGAAUGGAAAAACCAACACGGGCGCCUUAAAUUUUCGUUGGAAAGCUUAAAGAGCCUCAUCCUUGUCCUCGAGCCGUAGCUGAGAGCUCUUGUCUGUGUGCCUUAGAAAGUGCCACUGCCCUCAUGGAAGACAAGAGGAAGAAAAGGAGUCCCAAAGUGUCCCUUCCCCAGCCCCCUCCUCCACCAAUCAACCCCCGAAAGCUCUCCGUUCUCCCAGCGAGUAAAAGCGCCACAUUCUCAUUGGGUUUACCCCAGCCCCCCUCUCCUAAACCCAGGGGCAAGUACAAGAGAUCGGUGGGGGCAAUGGGUCCGUCUAAAGAAGCUCUUGCCGUUCCUGUGAUUCCCCCUAAAAACACAAGGCCUCACAGAGAGAAACCCAGAGCUCCUCAGCCUGCCGGACCCAGCCGCGUGUCCCAGUCCUCCUCACCACUCCAGCACUCGUUCCUCACUGACGUCUCUGAUGUGAGAGAGAUGGAGGGUGGACUGCUCAACCUGCUCAACGACUUUCACUCUGGAAAACUACAGGCUUUCGGUAAGGUGUGCUCCUUUGAGCAACUAGAGCAUGUGAGAGAGAUGCAGGAACGUCUGGCCCGGCUGCAUUUCAGUCUGGACAGUCAUGUGGAGGAGCUGUCUGAAGACCAGAGAAAAAACGCUUCGGACCGCAAUCUGGAACACUUGCUUUCUAAUCUGGAAGAAUUGAGCAGCUCAAUACAGAAACUCCACCUGGCAGAAAAUCAAGACUUACCCAAGACCUCCAGCACCUGAAGCGGGAAACCAAACCCAGCUGACCAUCAAAUCACUGUGCCGACCAAAGCCCAAGAUGCCAUGGCUACAACUCAACUGCAAGUUAACGAAGCACCAUCAUCUGUGUCUAAUGCAAUGCUAAAUGACGACAGCAGCAUCAAAGCACAUUCUCCAUGUGAACGAAAUUCAACUGAAAAAAUGGCACUUCUUGUUUUUCAAAUGUUUUGCAUAAUGUCCUAGCAUUUAAAUUUUAAUAUUUCCAAUUUUGAGCCUGAAAGCCAAAUUGCAUCCUCUUUGUUAUGGUGUUUAAGUGGUUUAUCUGGAUAAAUAACAAUUGUUCUUACUUUAGGGAUUGCAUGAGUUGAUUUCAAAUGUUCAUUCAUCGCUGGUAAAGGCUGACUCAUUUAUUUUUUCAUAAAUUGAAAUCUAGAAUUUUAGAUCAACAAUGUCAGAAGUGAAUGAGAAGAUGAACAUUUACAUUAUCAGUCAAUCAGUCAUAACACAAUUGAUUUUAGUUCAUCAGUGUUCUCUGGAAAGAUGUUGUAAAUGGCUGUGGAGUAGCUGUAAACUCACUCAGGACUGUUUGAAUUCAGUGAUCUUAGUGCCUCUUCUCAGUGUCUAGAUUACAUUGAUUGUUUUACCUUAAGGUUUUCACAAGACUCUCUAAAUGAUGGAACUGGAUCUUUUUGUAGAUGUUUGUACAUUAAAAUAGACGUACACUUAUUUAAAAUAAUAUGUUAUAUACCUUGCUUGUAAACUAGAGUUUUAAAUAGCUAUUUAAUGUUGAUCUAGGAACAAUUAUGAUAGUUGUUUGUUAUUCUUGAUGGCACUGAUGGAAAUGUACAAUAUUUGUGUGUUAUUUUUGCAUAAACUAAAGUGAAAAUAUAACGGAGUCAGGCAUUUCAAAUUUCAGGUUCUAAAAAGUUGACAUCUAGUGGGUAAUUCUAGAAUUAGAAAUGAGUUGACUAUAGAAUUCCUCAAUUUCUUGGAGCACAAGUCUGUAUUUAUACCUUGUAGAUUUGCAGUCUCUACUCUCUACCCCAAAGCACAAAAGAACAGAGUACAGUAACAUCUAAUACAGGUCAGAAAGUUCUGACAAAAGUACUGGAGAAAAUAACAAAAAAAAAACUGUGACAUAGUCCGUAAUACAUAGUACAACCUCACUAAUGUCCCUAUACAAGCCAAUCUUCUCAUUUUACAUCAGUUUCAGUGAUAAACCAUCAGCACAACAUAUGGACAGGUUUGAGGAAAAGCAAAUGAUCUACACCAGUUAGAAUUUUUAUAUUUCAUGAUGCAGUAAUAUCACUUUACAGCCGACCUCUGCUACGCCUACCUCCAAAUAUUUCAACAGAGAGUCAGUACUGUUGCCUUGAGGGGAGGUCUGUUUAAAUUGAUAUCAGAUUGAUCCAUGGCAGGUUCUGAUCCUGCAUCAGCAUGUACAGGCCGGUUUCUCUUCCCUCGCUGCCUGAGUCUAAAGCAUUGAAAGAGUCAUUUAAAUAAUGACAUUUGUAUUCUUUCUGUGAAUUUUAAAUAUUUGUGUGCUUUGCUUUUCGUCCAUUUCUUGUUUUGUUUAAG